CUUUCUAAAUCCUGCAGAAGGCAGAUCACUUCCAGUUCAGCAUAAUAUGUCAUAAGGAAUGAAUAAUAUUUUCUUCUGGACAUCCUUUUGUCCUGCAGCCUUUCAUUGUAUUAAUUCAAAGAAAGCCAAAAUGGAUCAUGAGGAGCUUAGGAAAAUGGAAGAUGAAGAGACUCCUGUAAUGAAAACAAUAAAAGGGGCAACCACAGGACUAGCUGCUGGCACCAUUUGGGGUACAAUUGUUGCUACUUGGCAUGAUGUACCUCGUGUUGAGAGGAGAGUUGCACUUCCAGGUUUGGUCCGGACACUGAAGAUGAUGGGUAAUUAUGGAGCGACAUUUGCUGCAAUAGGUGGAGUCUACAUUGGGGUAGAGCAGUUAGUGCAGAACUACAGGAUGAAAAGAGACUUUGUUAAUGGAGCUGUUGGAGGAUUUGUUGCUGGAGCUUCUAUUUUGGGAUACAAAGGGAGGAGCAUUUCGACAGCCAUCUCUGCAGGAGCUGCACUUGCAUUCACAUCUUCCGUCAUUGAUAUCGGAGGUCAAACAACAAGAGUGGACACUGGCAAGGAAUAUUACCCUUACACCACCAAGAAAAGGCCCAAUGUUAAUUAGUUCAAAGUAUAAGAUCUGUUUUGCUUUAUGCACUUUCAGGAAGUGUAAUGUACUUCUGGGCUCUGUUUCAGGUUGCUCACUUUUUCUUACCAGUACAGAUGCUUAAUGGAUUGCUCAAUAAAAAUUAUGGAGUUCCUUUAGGUUUCCUGAGAAGAAAAUCUCUUUUCCCAAGCACAUAAUACGGUCAUAACCAAUGACAUGUAAAAUUGACGGAUACUUGUUUUCAGGAUUUAUUGCUGUCAGAUCCCAAUUUCUUCA